AUGACAAAGAUUUCAGCACUCGAUUUGAACCAAUGUAGAGGGCGUCAGCACUCUACAGACGUAUGUUGGUACUUCAUUCAUGUCAUUAUAGAAUUAAUAUGUUUGCCAUGUUUUAUCGUACAGGGUCGAGUUCGAGUGACGAUUAGCGUGAAAGACGUCGGUGAGUGGGGCUACGGUAAUGAUCAGGUGAUCGAGUAUACACUAGUUGUUAAGGAGUUCAGCCCAGCAAGGAUUGAAGUAAACGCUAAAUGGUACUAUUGGUUCCUUGUCAGAUACGGUGUAAGGCUGGGCUUGAGGUAUUCUGUAUACUGUCAACGAGACUAUUACGGUGACUUGUGUCAAGUGUACUGCCGAGCUCCUACGUUCUAUGACCGGUACACCUGCGAUCCCAAUACGGGUCAAAUGAUUUGUCUCCCAGGUUACACAGGUUACAACUGCCAAAGACGGAUUCUGCCGACAGGUUAUCCAUGGUGGUGGAGGCCUAUCGGGAGAGGUCCUGUACCCCAGACACGGUUCACCACGACGAUAGCAUCAAGUAAAUCAACAGAAACAAUGUCUUCUUCUACGGUUAACGUGGAAACACCAACGAACACGCCUACCUCUAAAUUGCCCACCUCUCUUACGAACACACCCUCCUCUAAAACGGACACACCCACCUCUACUACGAGCACCCAGACGCCCAUUCCUAACACACACACCUCUUCUACGGAUACACACAUCUUUAUUAUUAGCACGCCAACCACGACUUCAAGCGUGCCAACCUCUAGUUCUGAUACAACCACCUCUAUUACGAGAACACCCAUCACUACUACGGAAACGCCAAUCUCUACUGUGAUCACACCCAACUCUACUUUGAGCAUACAUGCUUCGGAAACACACGAAUCACUUUCCAGAACUGUCCAACAUGUCUCGACAACAGAGACGCCCAGCGAAAGAGAGGACAAAUCUGGUACACCACUAACGACUACCUCCACACAAGACACACAAUCCUUCACGAUGAAAACAUCAAACCUAACAACUGACAAACCAACAUCUACAACACUCAUGCUCUCCAUAGGAGCACACGUGCAUACCCCAGUAGCAACAGUAAUUCCAUCCAAAACAUACACGCCCACAUCCACCGAGGGUCAGUCUUCUACACCACGAGUAACUACCUCCACUGCAGAGACACGUCCAUCUACAAUGAAUGCGUCUCUAUUGACAUCGGAAACGGCCACCUUCAAAACUGACACAUUCACCCUUAAAACAGAUACGUCCUCCACGGCAACAUCCAUGGAUACACUUCCACCCACAAUCACCAUGUCCACAGAGAGUCUUUCACAAACACCGUCAUCUACCGUAGAAACGUCCUUGAAAUCGAAUACGCCCAUCACCAUAACUGACAAACUUACCUCUAACAUGCCUAUUGCCUCCACAGCAACGCACAUACAUACCUCUACUGUAGCCAUACUUACAUCCGAAGCAGACACGCCCAUUUCCACAGAGGACUCGACAGAAACACCUUCUUUUACAAAAGAAGAGACUUCUGUGAAAUCACAAACGCCCGGCUUCAUAACUGACACACCUGCCUUUGAAACAAAUAGUCCCUCCUCAUUGACAAACGCGAAUGCUCCUACAACAGACACGCCCGUCGUAGGUACAUCUAUCAGGACAGACACCACGGUGUACACGCCCAACCCGACAACAAAGAGCAUAUCGCAAUCUGACAAAAUGACGACGAUCGCACGCUUAAUAGAUCAAACAGUGUUACCGAAAAGCGAAACUGCAACGAUGAAAGUACAACUAUCAACCAACAGGAUUGCCAUAAUGACAACAUCUUUAACCACAAUGCAACCUACCAAACUUGCUCCAACUGAGUCUGUAUCUUCGGUAUUUGAGCCAAGCACCUUAAUCACAGAGUAUGCAACGGCCGAACUUCACUCUCAAAAAGCUAGUGCUGGGGAAACUGUAACAACCGAACAAACAACACCUUUAGCCAAUUCUACACUGCAACGCACUCAGUAUUCUUCAGAGACAACAUCUUUGAAAACCUCAACAACAGUUGAUGACAGGUAUAUCACGACAGCUAUUGUAACCUCUGAAACGCUUGAACUCUACCCAUCUAGAGAAUAUUCAAAGACGACAAACAAGUCAUCACCUUAUCCAUCUUCCUCUUCUGUAGAAGGUGUAACAAUAGGACCACAUCCAACGACAGACACGUAUAGUGUUGUCACUGAUAUAGAAUACAUUACUAAUUCGACGCAUGUCCCAGAGAUUACACCUACAAAAGACACGACCGUCGAAGAAUCUACAACUGAUACUAGGUCUGGUGCAAUAAGUCUUACCACACCUCGAUCGAAAACAAAGUUAACUAAGAAACCAACAGAUCAUCGUCGACUAAAGAACAACACUUCAUCACGAAUUCCGACUACUACUAUGAUAAAUCCAACGUUUGUCGACAGCGUCACGAACGCGGUUGCCGGAAAUGCCUCUGUAUCGUCAACAUCAUCGUCAAAACCAACCGUUGAUUAUACAAAUAUAACUGACAUAGCGAUUCAAACUACGAUAAUCGAUUCUCCAGAUAUGGCAACGGUUGGCCCAACUUUUACAUCUGUAACAAAUCAAGAUUCAUCAAAAUAUCAAUUUUUUAGUACGUCAACCAUUUCAACAAAUGAAAUGGUUUCUACAGAACCAUUUUCUCAAAAUAGCACAGAAAGUACAGUAAGAACUAGUGUGAAGUCGCCAAAUGUCACGUUAACGGCUACAUUGUCCUCAUCUUUGACGUCAUCGUCAACAUCUUCGUCUGGUGAUCCUACGGUCGGUACAUCUACCGCAGUAAGACAACCGUCGGUUCUGCUGCGUAACCGUACAUUCUUUCCUAUAAGGACAAUGUCAUCGAGAAUUUGUUGGACGAAUAAACCAAAAUCUUGUGAAUGUGGUCGAGGGGAUUUGCCAAAACUACCAUCCAUAGAGGAUUAUUCAUGGACAAUCGCCUUUAGUAAUGGAAAAACAGAUAAUUUACCCGUAAAAUUCGGCAUAUCCUAGCUUUUUGUAUAGAUCCUGCAUGUCCUGGUGAUGUUGAUUGUAUAUCUUUGUUGUCAUUCAGUAUUGUAAAAAAAAUAGAUAUAUAUUAUUUAUAAUUUACACUUGUAGGCCCUAUAUUGUUGACAAAUAGAAAUUAGUUUAUUUUGUUUCAUGCUCUGUUAUAUGAAUGUUUUCCGUCAUCAUGGUCAUCUUCGUGUUAAUGCAGUAAUAAGGAGUUCAAAAGCCGAAGAUGUGCAUUGCAGGCAGAAUGAAAAGACAAAAACAAUGACAAUAUUCAGGAAUAUCUGUUGAAAAUGAAUAUAGGAUUUACCUUCAACAUUAUUAUGAAUAUCAUAUCCUCACACAGGUAAUUGUCCUUUCAGAAUUUCAAUAAUCUAAUUGCAUUUUGUCCUUGUCUCUAGACCAGAGGCCCUAUUGUAUCCUUUAGGUAUUAUAUUUUAUUUUUCGUAGAUAUUGACGACUAAACAACUUUUUUGUAAGCAAAAUCUGCCGUGAAAAAACAAGCGGUUUUUAAUAAUAAAGAAAAGUGAACAUAUAUGAACACUGUAAUUAAUGAAAAUUAGACAUUAAAAAAAGGUUUGGCAUAUACAAAUUUCAAAGGUAAAAUGUCUUUCCCCUCAUUUCACUGAACAACAAUUAUGAUGCCUAACAUGGACGAUAUGCAAAUGUGUGAGUGAGAUGGUUUGGAAUACACUCUUCUUACGUUCUUCAUUACAUGGGAAUGAUGAUAAUAACAUUAUGCAACAUUUAUAUAGCGCUUAAUUAUGUUUCUAAGUGCUGUAUACCAUUUCCCCGGCUUUAGCAAGGCAACCUGAUCGGGCCCUCGAGCAUUCCAGGAAUAUACCGGGUACCCAUUUACUGCACCUGGGUAUAUAGAGAGUGGCAAAUAUAGAUAAACGCCUUGCCAAAGGACUCGAGUGUUGCGGUGGGAUUCGAACCCGGACCUUGUGAUUCAAAGUCAUAUACUUAAUAUCUUAUUGAUUUGGAAGAACAAAAUCUGCUUCUUUUUCAAAGUAAAAUUCAAUAAAUGAUUAACCCUGUUCCAUGUGGAAUGAAAAGUUUCUGAAAUUCGAUAUGACAGAAUACCAAUAGAAUAGUAAGCAGGUAAUGUCAUCAGCUUAGUAAUUUGCAUACCGUCCAUAUUACGCGCGUCAAUAUUUUUAGAAUACAUCAUCACAGUGAGAAAACUUAGAAUACCACUAAUCUUUCCUUUACCUUCCAAAUAUAUGACAUUGUCGGUAUUAUACUUGCAAAGGGAUUGAUAAAUCGAACGUUAGUCCCACAAAAGGGUUCACUGCUGUUAUAGCCAAUUUGACAUACUGCUCAAUGCUGAGUUAAAUUAUCACUCCCAUUCUCAGUCUCUUUGUACACCAUUAUUUCGUCUAUUGAAGGAUCAAUUAGUUUAAAACAAUAAAUAUAUUCUUUUAUUUUGCAGGA